AAAGACCAUGUGUACCGCAGUGAGCUCAGUCGACGUGCACACAGUUUCACACUUGUUCGCAGUAGCGGUUCUGCUGCUAGACGAGCUGAGGGCACGAGUAAAUCAUCUUCUUCGACUCUAUCGACACAAUUUACAAAAUGCUGCGCAUACCCAGUGUGAUGAGGAAAAUACGGCCAGUGUGCCGGGCUCUGGCCCCCCACCUCACGCGGGCCUAUGCCAAGGAUGUCAAGUUUGGAGCUGAUGCCCGUGCCCUCAUGCUGCAAGGCGUGGAUCUGCUAGCUGAUGCUGUUGCUGUCACCAUGGGUCCCAAGGGUCGAACGGUCAUCAUUGAGCAGAGUUGGGGCAGCCCCAAGGUGACCAAAGAUGGGGUUACAGUCGCCAAGAGCAUUGACCUUAAAGAUAAAUACAAAAACAUUGGGGCCAAACUAGUGCAGGAUGUGGCGAACAACACCAACGAGGAAGCCGGCGACGGCACUACCACCGCCACCGUGCUGGCGCGGGCCAUCGCCAAGGAGGGCUUCGACAGCAUCAGCAAGGGCGCCAACCCUGUGGAGAUCCGCCGCGGUGUCAUGAUGGCUGUCGACACGGUCAUAAGUGAACUGAAGAGGCUGUCCAAGCCUGUCACCACUCCUGAAGAGAUUGCACAGGUGGCUACUAUUUCAGCAAAUGGAGACAGUGAGAUCGGUAACAUCAUCUCCAACGCCAUGAAAAAGGUCGGCCGUAAAGGGGUCAUCACGGUAAAGGAUGGCAAAACCCUUCAUGAUGAGCUGGAGAUCAUUGAGGGCCUGAAGUUUGACCGAGGCUACAUCUCCCCCUACUUCAUCAACACUGCCAAAGGUCAGAAAUGUGAGUUCCAGGAUGCCUACCUCCUGCUGAGUGAGAAGAAAAUCUCCAGUGUGCAGAGCAUCGUUCCUGCCCUCGAGAUUGCCAACCAGCACCGCAAACCCCUGGUCAUUUUGGCAGAGGAUGUUGAUGGGGAAGCUCUCAGCACUCUAGUCCUGAACAGGCUGAAGGUGGGACUGCAGGUUGUGGCUGUAAAGGCUCCAGGAUUUGGAGACAACAGGAAGAACCAGCUGCGAGACAUGGCUGUUGCCACCGGAGGCACUGUGUUUGGAGAUGAAGCAGUGGGCCUAGCUGUAGAAGACAUCCAGGCACAUGAUUUUGGCAAGGUCGGUGAGGUGGUGGUGACCAAGGAUGACACAUUGCUCCUCAAGGGACGUGGCGAUUCAAGUGCUAUCGAGAAACGUAUAGCAGAGAUUGCGGAACAGCUGGAGACCACCACCAGUGACUAUGAGAAAGAGAAGCUGAACGAGCGAUUGGCCAAAUUGUCUGAUGGCGUAGCUGUGCUAAAGGUGGGAGGUACCAGUGACGUGGAGGUGAACGAGAAGAAGGACCGUGUGACUGACGCAUUAAAUGCGACGCGGGCAGCUGUGGAGGAGGGCAUUGUCCCAGGGGGUGGAUGUGCCCUUCUGCGAUGCAUCCCUGUGCUGGAUACCAUCACGCCAAGCAAUACUGACCAGAAAAUCGGAAUUGACAUUAUCCGUCGUGCCUUGCGCAUCCCGGCGAUGACCAUCGCUAAAAAUGCCGGCGUAGAAGGUUCGCUGGUGGUGGAGAAGAUCCUGCAGAGUGAGGCAGAGAUGGGAUAUGAUGCCAUGCAGGGCGAGUAUGUCAACAUGGUGCAGAAAGGCAUCAUCGACCCCACAAAGGUUGUGAGGACAGCCUUGCUGGAUGCUGCUGGUGUAGCAUCUCUACUCUCUACUGCAGAGGCCGUCGUCACAGAAAUACCCAAAGAGGAAAAGGAGGGAGGCAUGGGUGGAAUGGGGGGCAUGGGAGGAAUGGGAGGAAUGGGAGGAAUGGGGGGCAUGCUUUAAAGCCCCUCCCUGAGCCUUCUGGUAGACUUCCUACUGGUGGAGGAGGCUGGGGACACCCCCCCCCACUCCCCCACUGACCACGCAUUUGUUGAGGAGUUACAAAAAGCAACAACCCCAUCAGUUCUGAAAUGCAACCCAUGCUGGAGAUCUAGCCACGCCCCUUGAUUAAGAACAUUGACAAAUGCUAGUACUUAACCUGUCUUUUUAGACAAUAAAUGACUGUCCAUUCAGCUAUUGUAUAAUUGUAGCUACUCGGAUUUCCUCAGAGAAUUUCACUUUACUGGUAUCUGUCUUGAGCAGCAAUUUGUAUGUCAUUUACAUGUUGCUUAGCAUACAAAACUGUUUUCUCUGAAAUGUGUAUGUAUUAAAGGUGCACUUCUACCAUGUAAUUCUCAGAUGGGAUUCCUGUAGUUUACUUUAAAAUGGCCAGAGGUACAAAAUAGCUCUGCAAAUUGUUUCAGGUCCUGAUCAUCUUGUAUCAGUCUUUUCUCCAUUCUGUCUUCCCAUUUGUUGUCCAUGAGGCUGUUUUAAAUCUUAGGUUUAAUACAGCUAGGAUGGUACCUAGUUCAAUUACAUAUUACAGGUUGUGAAACGGCAUCUGCUACUGCCAACACAUAUGUUAAUGACAGACUUAACUGGAAGGUUUACUGGUUAUGGUUUUCGAAUGGUUGUAGUGUUAAUGAUAAAACAAAGCUACAGGCUGCCAUGACCACAUGUUACAGCCAAGGGGCCUGCUAGGGUUACAGGGUGCGUGAUGCUACACAGAGUUUUCCCCAAACAUACUUUAUCUAGCAUGAAUGGAGCUGCAGCAGUUUGUUCUCAGCUUGACGCUCUUGUGUAUGGCCUCUGAACCCGGCCCGGCUUCAGCAGAAACAAACAGUGAGGACAGUUUUGCUCAUUCUAAUUUUCUAAGUGUGCCCACAUCUGAUGACAGGCCGUUAUGCAGUGGGCAUUCUCUGACCCUUUUCAAGACCUUUAACAAUGGAUUCUUUUCCCCUUAAUUUCAUGGUUUUGUUUUUUGGGGGGCAGCAGUGAUCACCUUUUUUGUAUAAUGUAGUGUGAUAAUUACUGUCAUUUUUUUAAUUUAAUAAAGCCAAAUGUUCUUUUGAA